AACGCCCAGAAGAGACUGGUGGGCAGUAUAGUCCUCACGCGGUAUAACAACAAACCGUAUCGCGUGGAUGACAUUGACUUCAAUUCCAACCCAUUGUCAACGUUUGACUGGAACGGAACGCCCGUCACAUACGUGGAGUACUUCAAGAAGUCCUGGCAGUUGGACAUCAAAGAUCACAAACAGCCGCUGCUCGUGAACCGACCCAAACCGCGCAGAGGAGAGACCGAGUCGCAAAUGAUUUGUUUGAUUCCAGAGCUGUGUUUCAUGACUGGACUCACAGACGACAUCCGCUCGGAUACCCGAAUAAUGAGAGACAUCGCUUCGCACACGAGAAUUAAGCCGACUGUCCGUCAGGCGAAACUCCAGGUUUUCAUUGAUAAUGUGCUCAACACUCCGGCCGCCCGACGCCAUCUGACUGAUUGGGGACUGGAUUUGUCGCCAAAACCGUACGAAACGUACGGUCGAACGAUGACCGCCGACCGCAUAGUCCUCGGGGGCGGCAAAGAGGUGCCCGUCAGCGCCAAAGCCGACUGGUCUCGAGACGCGACCAACUGUGCGCUCUUCCAUCCGAUUAAUGUCAACAAAUGGAUGAUUGUCUUCACGCAGAAAGACUCGGCAAAAGUCGACGAAUUCAUAAAGUGCUUGAAAGCCGUCACCCGAAUGAUGGGCUUCACGUUCGCCGAUCCCGACAAACACGUGGCUAGAGAUGAGACGCCCACCGGUUAUGUGAAUGCCAUCAAAGGGUCGAACGCCUCCCAGUGCCAAAUAAUAGUCUGUAUGACUCCCGGCUCGUCGCAGCGCGAAGACCGCUAUAACGCCAUCAAAAGGCUGUGCUAUUGCGAGCUCGGGAUUGCCAGUCAAGUCGUCAGAUCCUACACAUUGACUGAGGCGAAGAUGCGC